CUCCAACCCACAGAGGGGAUGGGAGCAGGAUGCUGGGUCGGGAAUUGUCAGGAGGGAUUUUUGAGGCAGCUUUGGAGCUGGGGAUGUCCAAGAAGCAGCCCCUCAGGCCCCAUAAGGGGAAGAGUCUCAAUUUGAUCUCAAUGCUGAUUUGCACAGGGCAGAGCAGUUCCUCUGGGUGUCAUGUCACUUGUCUCUUGUGCUGUGUGUGUCUUCUGUGUGUGUUGUAUGUCUCUUGCCUUAGCCCUUUGAGGGGCCUCUCAGAAACCCUGAGGUCAUCCAUAGCAUCUUGUGAUCUCUGCAUUCCUCAGCCUGGCUCUGGUGCCAUCAAACCUUGGUCUCAGGAGCUUGGACAGGCAUCUGAAUCUCUUCUCUUUUGGAAAGCAUCCAGUCUGAUCUCUUUUAAGGUCUUCUUCUGAGCUGUGCACCUGAAGGAUCCAUUAUAUCAGAUUGGAACUUGGAAGAAUGGAAGAUAAGAAGAGGAUUCUCAGGCAUCCAUCUCUGCAGUUCUUGAAGCAAAUCAUUCUGCUAGCAUCUUUUUUCCCACCUUGUCAGCUUGCUCUCAGUCUUCCCUCAGUCCUUGUGGUCCUUCCUCUUGCUGAGAUAUUUUUUUCCCUCUCUUGUCAUCCCCUCGUUUGUCAUGUCCUGUGUCACGGGUGCCUGCAUGCAUUUGGGUCGGAGCUGCUCUGCCCUGCUGUGUAGUCUGGGCAUAGGUGUGCUAGGACCAGUCCUGGGGACUUGCUUUUUGUAAUGUGGGGUGGUGUUGGACCCUAGAUGAAAUCUGGAGGUAUAAAGUUAUCCUGCAGCACAUUUGACUUCUGUCCUCCCUUCCUUUCAGAUGCAGAUGGAUCAAAUCUGAGGCUGUGGGCCCAUCCUAGGAAAUGAAGCAGGAUAUCCACUGUCAAGGGGAAGCAGGCCAGGCAGUGUUCUUGAACUACCCUGAGAUGGCUCUGCCCAGCUGGCCCAGAGACCCAGUUCACUGCUCCUGUGAGCCCUCCAGCAGUAUUCCAGGACUCUGAUGAAGCCUUCACCUUCUCCUAUUUGAAGAUGCCAGCAGGGUGACCUUUGGUGAGAGCCAAGCAGUUGGGGCCUACCCUGCUAGGACAGUCUCAGCCUCUGAGUGCAGCUGAAGCGUUUAACCUGAGGCCCUGGGCAUUCCUGGGAGAUGCUGACUAAGGGACAACAGCCCAGUGAUGGCAGGAAUUUCCCAGAUGGUGAAGCUUUUUUACUGCACACCUGGCAUGGAUUCUCAUACCUGGAUCUCUGACAGAUAAGUGCUGGGCUCCAACCCACAGAGGGGAUGGGAGCGGGAUGCUGGAUCUGGAAUUGUCAGGAGGGAUUUUUGAGGCAGCUUUGGAGCUGGGGAUGUCCAAGAAGCAGCCCCUCAGGCCCCAUAAGGGGAAGAGUCUCAAUUUGAUCUCAAUGCUGAUUUGCACAGGGCAGAGCAGUUCCUCUGGGUGUCAUGUCACUUGUCUCUUGUGCUGUCUGUGUGUCCUGUGUGUUGUAUUGUAUGUCUCUUGCCUUAGCCCUUUGAGGGGCCUAUCAGAAACCCUGAGGUCAUCCAUAGCAUCUUGUGAUUUCUGCAUUCAUCAUCCUGGCUCUGCUGCCCUCAAACCUUGGACUCAUUUGCCAUCUGAAUCUCUGUGCUUUUUGAGAAGCAUCCCAGUCAGUCUUUUAAGGUCUUGUUCUGAGCUUUAUUGACAGCUGUGCGCUGCAAACUUCCAUUACUUGAGAUUGGGUCUUGGAAGAAUGGGAAGAUAAGAAGAGGAUUCUCAGGCAUCCAUCUCUUCAGAUCUUGGAACAAAUCAUUCUGCUAGCAUCUUUUUCCAGCCUUGUCAGCUUGCUGUCAGUCUUCUCUGAGUCACCUCAAUUUGCGAUCUAUGUCCUCAUGGUCCUUCCUGCUGAGAGAUUUAAUUUUUUUCCUCCCCAUGUCCUCCCCUCGUUUGUCAUGUCCUGUGUCACGGGUGCCUGCAUGCAUUUGGGUGAGAAACUGCUCUGCCCUGUUGUGUAGUCUGGGUGUAGGGGUGCUAGGACCAGUCCUAGGGACUUGAUUUUAGUGAUGUGGGGUGGGGUUGGACUCUAGUUGAGGUCUGCAGAUUGAUCCCAGAUGUUUGGAGGUGUUAAGCUAUCCUGCAGCAGCUUUGACUUUUGUCCUGCCUCUGUUUCAGAUGCAGAUGGAUCCAAGUUGAGGACAAGGGCCCCCCUGGGUAAGGGAUUUGCCCUGAACAGGAAAUGAAGCUGGAUAUCAGUGGGCAAGGCAGUGCCCUUGAACUACCCUGAGAUGGCUCUGCCCAGCUGGCCCAGAGACCCAGUUCACUGCUCCUGUGAGCCCUCCAGCAGUAUUCCAGGACUCUGAUGAAGCCUUCACCUUCUCCUAUUUGAAGAUGCCAGCCAGGUAGGCUUUGGCAAGAGCUGAGCAGUUGAGGUGAGUCUGGGAGUUUGGGAGAAGGAGUUUGGGUCCAGUCAAGUUUCAGCCAUGCCACAUCACCUUGUCUCUUCUUAAGCCAGGCCUGCCCUGCUAGGACAGUCUCAACCUCUGAGUGCAGCUGGAGUGAGUGAGUGAGGCACUGGGCAUUCCUGGGAGAUGCUGACUAAGGGACAACAGCCCAGCGAUGGCAGGAAUUUCCCAGAUGGUGAAGCUUUUUUACUGCACACCUGGCAUGGAUUCUCAUACCUGGAUCUCUGACAGAUAAGUGCUGGGCUCCAACCCACAGAGGGGAUGGGAGUGGGAUGCUGUGUCUGGAAUUGUCAGGAGGGAUUUUUGAGGCAGCUUUGGAGCUGGGGAUGUCCAAGAAGCAGCCCCUCAGGCCCCAUAAGGGGAAGAGUCUCAAUUUGAUCUCAAUGCUGAUUUGCACAGGGCAGAGCAGUUCCUCUGGGUGUCAUGUCACUUGUCUCUUGUGCUGUGUGUGUCUUCUGUGUGUGUUGUAUGUCUCUUACCUUUAGCCCUUUGAGGGGCCUAUCAGAAACCCUGAGGUCAUCCAUAGCAUCUUGUGCUCUCUGCAUUCAUCAUCCUGGCUCUGGUGCCAUCAAACCUUGGACUCAGGAGCUUGGACAGGCAUCUGAAUCUCUUCUCUUUUGGAAAGCAUCCAGUCUCAUCUCUUAAGGUCUUGCUCUGACCUGUAUUGCCAGCUGUGCACCUGAAGGAUCCAUUACAAGAGAUGAGGAAUUAGAGGAAUGGGAAGAUAAGAAGAGGAUUCUCAGGCAUCCAUCUCUGCAGUUCUUGAAGCAAAUCAUUCUGCUAGGAUCUUUUUCCAGCCUUGUCAGCUUGCUGUCAGUCUUCCCUCAGUGAUCUCAUUUUGCAUUCUCUCAGUCCUCGUGGUUCUUCUUGCUGAGUUUUUUCGUCCCCCUGUCCUCCCCUCGUUUGUCAUGUCCUGUGUCACGGGUGCCUGCACGCAUUUGGUCUGGAGCUGCUCUGCCCUGAUGCAUAGUCAAGAUAGGACAAGGUGCAGGGACUUGGGUUUUGUACUGUGGGGUGGUGUUGGACUCUAGAUCAGAUCUGCACAUUCACUCAAGAUGUCUGGGGCUGUCCAGCUAUUAUGCUGGGCUUUAAAUUUUGUUCUAAGUUCUUUUUACCUGCAGUUUACCUGGGGUUUUGGGUAGAAAAUGUGUGGGGAUGUCUCUUGGCUCUCAGGUAACCACUCACUGACCUCCCGCUUCUGUCUCGCAGGUCCCCGAGGCAGAUUUCCGGUUCUCAGCCGCCACCUUUCACAGAACCUGUCCCUCGAUGUCGAGGACCAGCAGCCAGAGGAUGCGGUCAAGCAUCCUGUUCAGCGUACCGUUUCAGGAAAUCGAACUGUCAUCAACUGUUGUGGUCCAGAAGGACGAUUAUGUUCUGUUACUAUGUAUGAGGUUUUAUUUUGUUUUAGCAAGAGGCAGAAACCCCCCAGUGAUGCUGCAGCCGUCCCAGCCUUUAAAUACUUUGGGGAUGUGCUUGCCAGCAUUCCCGAAAGAGCACUGGGAAAGCACCAGGAAAUCACAGAACCGUUUAGGCUGGAAAAGAGCUCUGACAUCACCGAAUCCAAGCUGUGUCCAUCCCCACCUUGUCCCCAGCCCAGAGCCCUGAGUCCAGGACAGCUCCAGGGACCCCAAACCUCCCCGGGCAGCCCCUUCCAGUGCCCGGCCUCCCUUUUCAUGUGGGAAUUCCUCCCGAACUCCCCUGGUCCAGCUCCCAUCCCAUUGCUGGAUCAGAGCCUGACCCUAUUGAAUUUUGGGGUUGUCACCACAUCCUCCAUCCCGUUUUUCAGGGCAGUGACAGCGAGUACGAGGUGGACCCGGGGCACCAGAAGGGCAUCUCCCGGGCACAGGCUUACAGCUACACCGAGAGCGAUUCGGGCGAGCCCGAGCACACCCCGCUCUCCCACAGCACCUCCACGCAGCAGGGCAGCCUGUUCCGCCCCAAAGCCAGCAGGACUCCCACCCCCCAGACCCCCGGCAACGCCCCCAGCAGCCAGCCCGGGACCCUGUACUGCCCUCCCAGCAGCCUGGCCCCCGGCUCCAGAGCUCCCCUCGCUGGGUUUUCCUCUUUCGUUUGAUAUUUAAACAGAAGGAAAAAAAAAAAACCAACAGGAGAGGGGGGGGAAAAAUUAGGGAAAAAAAAGAAACGAAAAGAAAAGCCCCAAGACAGUAAGAGAAAAGGAAAAAGCAGCAAGGAGGAGGAAGGGGAGCAGCCCCAGGGGUUUUCUGCUUUCUGGGCAGCACCGGAGCUGGAUGCCAAGGUCAGGUCCCCUCCUUGGCCAAAGUGUCACAGACUCCUCGGGCGGGGCUCGGGCUGUGCUGACAUCACCCUUGGCACCCAUGGGGGCCACCCCGGACCUGCUGCUGGACUCCAGUGGGUGCUGGGGGCUGGGUGAGGGGCUCCUGCCGUGCCAAACCCCGGCCCCUCCACUCGUGGCUCCCCCAGGACAUGGGGACAAGCGGUGACACAGAGACCCCAAACUAAAGAGGGCGAGAGGAGCUCUGCUGAUCUCAAACCUCUGGACUUGAACCCUGCACUUGGCACCCCCACAGCCUUUGGGGGAAGGAUCCCAGGGCACAAUUCAUUCCCCCCCUCCUUGGUGCCUGGCCCAGCACAGCCCCCCCGAGGAGAACCCAGGACUGAAACCCCCGGAGAGCCCCAGUGGGUGCACGUGGUGCUCAUCCCCUCUGACUUUGCACCUCGGGGGCUCUGGGGAGGACUCGGAUGAAGCAAUUGGAGCCUCCCCUUGGCGUUUCUGGGGGUUUGGGGGUUUUCAGUGGGGUUUUGUGCAGAGGCCUGAGGGCAUUCGGGGGUGUGGAUGCCCGGGGGGGUCCGUGGCCAUUUUGGGGUUUCUGCACAGCACAGCCCCCACAGUGCCUAUGGGUGAGCCAGCACCAGCCUGGCAGGGCCGUGGCACCCGGCCUGAGCCGAGGGAGAUGCCGAUAACCAUCCUGAGGACAAGAGUGUCCCCUCUCUGGCACCUUGCUCUGCCACAGAAAGGGCCAGUGCCCCGUGUCCGUGUGUCCUGCUGCCCCACUGGGCUCGUGGCAGCCCUGUGGCACCAGGGAAGGACCUGGGGUGCCAGAGGUGCUGGGUGGAGCCCAGAAGGGUGCAGGGAGCUGUGCUGGCCGUGUCCUGCAUGUCCCCGUCGCAGAGGGGGCUGGAGCUGCUGGGAAAUGGGGGGUGGGACA